CAUUAUCAUCAUGAUUAAGUCUGGCUUCUUGAACCCGCUUGGUUGCUUUACUUAAAAUCUCCAUGUGCUUAUUUCCAAGAUCAUCGAAUUUGCGAUACGCUUCUUCUGGUGAAGUUUGUUGCGUAAUUAAAGCAUCCAAAAAAUCGUAUAAAUACUAAAAAUGAGUUAACACUUAUUAAAUUCUAUUAAAACGUGUUAUAUGCAUGAUCGGGGUUUGUAAUCAUUCGCAGCUUCAUAUCACCCCAUGUUGUUUAUACUUGUUACAGCCCUGCACUUAAACAAUUAGGUGAUCUUAACCUUUGUGUCAUGUUUUCUUGACGGUGAUUUAUUAUUAUUGUUUUAACGCAAUAAAACAAUUUCAUAACCCGCAUGAAAAUAUACUUGUAUUAAAUCUAUUGAAAAUGGUAAAUUGCAAACUAAAUCAAAUAUUUCUUGGAGAAAUUGCGUCUGUACAAAAUUACGGAGCUUUCAUUCGAAUUCCUGGCUGUGCAUCGCAAGGAUUACUACACAGAUCGCAGGUAAGCAAUGCUCGUGUCGAUGAUGUUGCGCAGGUUUUACAAAAAGGAGAACGAGUUUGGUGCAAAAUAAUUUCUAUGGGAGAUGAUGGUAAAAUAGGGUUGUCUAUGAAAUAUGUGAAUCAAGGAAAUGGGACAGACUUAGAUCCUAAUGGGGUCGAAUUACAAAGGGAUGCUCAAAAGAAGAAAUCUUUCGGAAAAUAUGAACAUAAAGCAAUACAUUUAGAAGCAGUUCUUAACACAACAUGCACAAAAUGUGGAACUGCUGGUCAUUUAUCGAAUGAUUGUUUCAUGUCUCCUGAUGGGAAAAAAUAUGACUUAAUUCCAGAAAUUGAAGAAGAAGUUGUUCAACAACCGAUUGAUGAAAAUGAGAAGGAAAAGAAGCACAAACAAAAAAAAGUUAAGAAAAAACACAAACUUAAAAAAAAUAAGCAAGGCGUAGAUAAUAGUGAUUCAGAUGAGAAAGAAAUAACAAAGAAAAAGAAGAGGAAACAUUCCAAAGAUCAGAAAAAAAAGAAGAAAAGGAAACAUGACAGUUCCUUUAGUGAUGAUAGUUCUAAUGACAGUUCUUCUAGUCAUAAUGUAAAAGUUCACAAACGAAAACAUUCUGAAAGCUCAGAGAAACGUACAAAAAAAUGUAAGCACUCAAAAAGUAAAUAUCCAGAUCGAUGAGACAUAAUACAAUUCGUGCAGAUUUGAAGACUAAUUUGUAUGUAGCUUUUAUAACUUCUUCAAUUACAAAAAUAUUUUUAGUGUGUAACUUGUGAUCUAUGCACUUUCGAUACUUGUAAUAAUGCAAUAAAAAAAUAAUACUUACUGAUGUCAGAUACUUAAAAGUCAGGUGUACAUUUUCGGCUAAAACAUCAGCUGCUAAAUCGUAAUAUUGAUAUUUGCAAUACAGUAGUAAUAAAUUAGCAAACGUUUCAGGUGGAAAUGGAUUUUGUUGUAAUAAAAAUUGAAGUUUCUCAAAUCCUUCACUUGGCUUUGUGUCCAUAUUUAUCAAAGCUUGAUUGUGCAAUGUAACAGCAUCAAGUUCUUCUUCAGAUCUUGGGGGCAUAUCUGUUAGUGCUUCUUUUGCUGCUUCAUCUAGAUAUAUCAAACGAAAUUUAGUAACAAUAGGAGAUAUCAAAUAAUAAAUAUCUUUUGUGUAUAAUUACAAUUCUGCAAUUGAUAUUCUAUUGCAGCUUUUAAGUUGAACGCUUCUGUUAAAGCUGUUUCAUGUAAUGUUAAGGUAUUUCCAACACUACGGACUUCUAUACCAUCUGUGGUCAUUCCUACUCCUAAUUCUGGAUGUUCUCGUAUCCCUUGCUCAAUAAUAUCAGCUAGUAAUGUAUAAUAAAUGUUAUAUUAUUUUCAUAUAUUAA